GAAAAGUUGUGAGACCAAGUGGAGGAAGCGGGGAGAGAGGAGUUGGGGCUGUGCCGGAGGCCAAGGACCGAGAGGUCUCCGGUGACCGCUGCGAAGCCCCUGUGGCUGGAAAGAAGCCGAGCGCCUGCGUGAAAGGAGGGACGUGCUCGGAAGUUCGCUCCUACCUGAGCCGGGACCUCAAUCUGCUGGUCCGAAGUCCUUCCCCUGCGUGGUGGCUCUGGUGGCCGCGUCUGCGCCUUAACCAUGAGGAUCCGGAUGGCCGUGAGGUGGACCUGGGCAGGCAAGAGCUGCCUGUUGCUGGCGCUUUUAACAGUGGCCUAUAUCCUGGUGGAACUCUCUGUCUCUACUUUCCAUGCCUCCUCAGCAGCCGGCCUUGCCAGGGAGAGGGGGCCCAAACAGCUCUCAGGCCCCUGGGAAAAGGCAGAGGAGUUGUCUCGACCGCUUUAUGAGAAGCCCCCUGCAGAUUUCCACGCACUUGGGGAGUGGGGGAAAGCCAGCAAACUCCAGCUCAGCCAGGAUGAACUAAAGCAGCAAGAAGAACUUAUUGAGAGAUAUGCCAUUAAUAUUUAUCUCAGCGACAGGAUUUCCCUGCACCGCCACAUAGAGGAUAAAAGAAUGUAUGAGUGUAAAUCCCAGAAGUUUAAUUAUAGGAGACUUCCCACCACCUCUGUUAUCAUCGCUUUCUAUAAUGAAGCCUGGUCGACCUUGCUCCGCACCAUCCACAGUGUUUUAGAAACUUCUCCUGCAGUCCUCUUGAAGGAAAUCAUCCUAGUGGAUGACUUGAGUGACAGAGUUUAUUUGAAGACACAGCUUGAAACUUACAUCAGCAAUCUCGAUAGAGUCCGCUUGAUUAGAACAAAUAAGCGUGAGGGGCUGGUUCGAGCCCGCCUGAUUGGGGCCACUUUUGCCACGGGGGAUGUCCUCACUUUUCUGGAUUGCCACUGUGAGUGUAAUUCUGGUUGGUUAGAACCACUUUUGGAAAGAAUUGGGAAAGAUGAAACGGCAAUUGUAUGUCCUGUGAUAGACACCAUUGAUUGGAAUACUUUUGAGUUCUAUAUGCAGACGGGGGAGCCCAUGAUUGGUGGAUUUGACUGGCGCUUAACCUUCCAGUGGCAUUCAGUCCCCAAACAUGAAAGGGACAGACGGAAAUCGAGAAUUGACCCAAUCCGAUCUCCCACCAUGGCUGGAGGACUGUUUGCUGUCAGCAAGAAAUAUUUUCAGUACCUUGGAACAUAUGACACUGGAAUGGAAGUGUGGGGGGGUGAGAACCUGGAGCUAUCUUUUAGGGUGUGGCAGUGUGGAGGUAAACUGGAGAUCCACCCGUGUUCCCACGUGGGCCACGUAUUCCCCAAGCGGGCGCCAUAUGCUCGGCCCAAUUUCCUACAGAAUACUGCUCGGGCAGCGGAAGUGUGGAUGGACCAGUACAAAGAGCAUUUCUACAAUCGAAACCCUCCAGCAAGGAAAGAAGCUUAUGGUGAUAUAUCUGAAAGAAAAUUACUACGAGAACGGCUGAACUGCAAGAGCUUUGACUGGUAUUUGAAAAAUGUGUUUUCUAAUUUACAUGUUCCAGAGGAUAGGCCAGGCUGGCACGGAGCUAUUCGCAGUAUGGGAAUCUCUUCUGAAUGUUUAGAUUAUAACUCUCCUGACAGUAACCCCACAGGUGCCAACCUUUCACUGUUCGGCUGCCACGGCCAAGGAGGCAAUCAAUUCUUUGAAUACACUUCAAACAAGGAAAUAAGGUUUAACUCUGUGACAGAGUUAUGCGCAGAGGUUCCUGAGCAAAAAAAUUAUGUAGGAAUGCAAAAUUGUCCAAAAGAUGGGUUCCCCAUUCCAGCAAACAUUAUUUGGCAUUUUGAAGAAGAUGGAACCAUUUUUCAUCCCCGCUCGGGACUGUGCCUUAGUGCUUUUCGGACACCUGAGGGUCGCCCUGAUGUUCAAAUGAGAACUUGUGAUGCUCUAGAUAAAAAACAGAUCUGGAAGUUUGAGAAAUAGAAGAGCACAACAGCACUUUCUUCCUGAGCGGACGGACAAUAGCUCCAAGAAAGUCAAAGAGCCUUUAAAGAGCCUCAGUGAGAUUGUGUUUUAUCAGAAAUCACCCACUGGUCAUUUCAAGAAAGUCAAAGAGCCUUUAAAGAGCCUCAGUGAGGUUGUGUUUUAUCAGAAAUCACCCACUGGUCAUCUGCGAGAGCUCUGUGAAAGCUGUGUUUCAUUUUGGUAUAGAACGCUGAAAAUGGGUGCACAGAGAGCUGCUGUUUAAUAUUUCAAAGUGCCUUAUGGGUUGUUUUAUUUAAAAACUUUGUCAAUAUGGUUUUUUUCUCCUCAAAGAAGUUGACUGUGAAUUGAUAUACACAAAACAUUUAAGUGCCAGACUUAAAGACUGUAAAAGUCCAAGCAGAAAGAGCGAUGAUUUAUGUUGAUGGAUAAGUUCACUGCCCAUCUCUUUAAAAACAAAACUCAUAAAUGUGCAGUUUGAGCUAUUGCUAUUCUUAUUGUAUGAGGAUUUGAAUUUCUUUUAGCCAACGCAUUAGGUGUCAUUUUUUUAUUUUAGUUUUCCUUUAAUCAACUAGAAAUCAAAGGAAGUUGAUCUUAAGGAGAAAGGCCUGGUUUAGAUGUACGUUUCAUUGGAAGAGGGCAUUAGUUUGAAUGUGAGUUUAGAGGUCUUUUUAACAUGCAGACAUCUCAGAAAAAUAUACCCACAUCUGAAUGAAACGGGGAGAGAUUUACAUUCCACACUUGGUAAACUUGAGCUAUUAGACUUAACUGGCCUGUAUUGAUACCUCAUUUUGCUCUGAUUUUGUAAGCUGUCCUCUCUGUGAACUCUUGUGUGUGUGGGGGGGGGCAUUUUCUGAUUGCACUUCCUUAAGUUAUGAAUGUACUGGAAAGGGACUCAUUCACAAUACUGUGCUUCCCUUUGUUAAUGCUUAAUUGUUUAAAGUAAACAUGAUUGUGGACUCUGCAAA